AUGCUAAAUUGGUCGAACAAGGACAACUCUCAUGAAGCCUCUCUAGAACAUUUGAAACAAUAUCCGAAAGAAGAAUACAAGGAAAUUAAAAGGAUUGGAGCAAUACAUUCACAAAUAUUGAGUAGGAAACAUGUAGCUGUCAUGUCUGUGAUCAUGUUUGCCCUAAUUUUUAUUUAUUAUUUCAAGACAAGAAUACCUGCAUCAUCAUCAGUUGAAUUGGUCAUUCAAGUUGAUGAAAAUAGCUUGCCAGUAUCGUCUGGUGAAUUUAUUAAUUUUUCUCGAUUAAAACAAAUAUCCGAUGACACUAAAAACAUUCUAUUGGCAUUGAUGACCGUUGAAAAACUACAUGAAUUAUUGAUGAGGAACAACAAUAUAGGGACUGACAUGCCUACAUAUUGGGUCAUGGCAAAGCAGUGGAUUUGCAGACUGAAGAAACUAGGAAUUACCAAUUUUGUCUUAUUUGUGUUUAUUGAUCCCAGUCAAUUUAAAACAUUGACCCAGAGACAAGAUAUUGAAAAAUUAAUUUAUUCAAAGCUUUUAGACGUACCUAUUAACACCAUCUCUAACGAGCACAAGAGCAUUAUCACAUUCACAACUGAUGACAUUUCUAAAUUAAUUCUCUCAUAUUUAAAAAACACAAAAUUUCAUGAAAAGUACGACCUACUUUACAAGAAUUAUUUAGACCAAUUACAAAGACAUGACAAUAUUAUACCUCAAGAAUUUUUCACAACUCAUUGGGAAUUUAUCACGUUAUUGAAACCAGUCAUUGUUUGGAAAUGUAAUAUUCUUGAUUUCAACAUAUUUUUCUCGGAUUUAGAUGUUGUAAUUUUUAACAAUCCAACUCAUUAUGUGCAUCAGUCAAAAGAAAGAAAGAAUUUUGACGUCAUUUUUCAAAUGGAAAGUUGUGGAGACAACCAAGAUGUUCGCCCUGAAAAUGUCAAAAUUAAUACUGGUGUAUAUUUUGUUGCUUCCACUCACAAAGCUCAACAAUUUUUAGAAUUUUGGAUUGAGCCAAUCGUAUUUGACAUUCUCUAUUUCUUUGUUCCAACAGAUGAAACCAUCACAAAUAAGCAUCAACUUAGUCGAACAGAAACAACCAAUGACCAAGCCAUUUUAAAUUCACUCAUCACCAAUGAAAGAAAAUCACAGAAAACUUCCAUCAUUUCUCUGAUUGGCUUUUUCCCUGUUCGACUCUUUCCCAAUCGAUGUCAAUUUAGUUUCCUUGUCAAUGAGCAUCGGUCAGAAGAGAGCAAACCACUCAAAGAUUCACUCAUUCUCUAUCACAUCAAUGGAGUUUGGAUGACACGUCAAAAGAUUGCAUUUUUGAAACAACAAGAAGGAUUCUUAUCACUUGAUCAUUCAACAUUAAAAUGUUUAUAA